UAUGGAGCUCAUCGGGGCGGCCCCGUCCCGUCCCAUCGCGGCGUUAGGACCCGGCGGUGCCAGCUCCGCUUCCCGGCUGUCUCCCGGGCGUGACGUCAGGCGCGGGCCCGCCCCGGCCCCUUCGCUCGGCAGAAUGCUGCUCUCGGUGCCGCCGCGCUCGGGCCUCCCCGCCUUCGCCUACAACAAGAGCGGCAAGAAGCCCUAUGUGCCGCCAGCGCAGCCGCUGGGCCCCCCCAGCCCCAGCCCCGCGGGGGGGGCCACGGACCAGCUCAGCAAGACCAACCUCUACAUCCGGGGGCUGCACCCCGGCACCACGGACCAGGACCUGGUGAAGCUCUGCCAGCCGUACGGGAAGAUUGUCUCCACCAAAGCCAUCCUGGACAAGACAACCAAUAAGUGCAAAGGUUAUGGUUUCGUUGACUUCGACAGCCCCACAGCAGCCCAGAAGGCAGUGACAGCGCUCAAGGCCAGUGGGGUGCAGGCACAGAUGGCCAAGCAACAGGAGCAGGACCCCACCAACCUCUACAUCUCGAACCUGCCGCUGGGGGUGGACGAGCAGGAGCUGGAGGCGCUGCUGAAGCCCUUCGGGCAGGUCGUGUCCACCCGCAUCCUGCGGGACCCGCACGGUGCCAGCCGUGGUGUGGGCUUCGCACGGAUGGAGUCCACGGAGAAGUGCGAGGCCGUCAUCACCCACUUCAAUGGGAAGUACAUCAAGACCCCCCCCGGGGUGCCAGCCCCCCCGGACCCACUGCUCUGCAAGUUCGCGGAUGGGGGCCAGAAGAAGCGGCAGAGCCAGGGCAAGUUCGUGCCCAACGGGAGAGCCUGGGCCCGGGACGGCGACGCGGGCACAGUGACCUUGGCCUAUGACCCUGCGACAGCGCUGCAGAACGGGUUCUACCCAGCGCCCUAUGGCCUGGCCCCCAGCCGGAUGAUCGCCCCCACGGCCCUGGCCCCAUACCUGCCCUCCCCUGUGUCCUCCUACCAGGUCCAUGGUCCCGCCUGGAUGCACCCGUCGUACCUGGUGCAGCCCACGGUGAGCCGGGGUGGGGGGUGGGGGGGGAGCGUGGGAGCCCCGCCCACUGUGAGCGAAACCCCGCCCACUGUGAUCAUAUCCCGCCCACUGCGAGCGAAACCCCGCCCACUGUGAGCAUAGCCCCGCCCACUGCGAGUGAAACGCUGCCCAGUGUUAUCGUAGCCCCGCCCACUGUGACCAUAGUCCCGCCCACU